AUGCAAGGGAACCUUUAUGUUUUACACUACAUAAUAGCAUUUAGUGAUGAAGAAGGAGUAAGGUUUCAGUCUACAUUCUUAGGCAGUGCUGCUGUAGCCGGAAUUUUGCCAGUUUCCGCACUUAAAAUAACCGAUAAAAGUGAUGUAACAAUUCAAGAUGCUCUUAAGAAGAACUCCAUAGAAAUUACAGAGGAGAACUUGUUGCAGCUCAAAUAUGACCCGAAGUCAGUCUGGGGUUAUGUUGAGAUUCAUAUUGAACAAGGACCUGUACUAGAAUGGGUUGGCUUUCCUCUAGCAGUGGUUAAAGGCAUAGCUGGACAGACACGACUAAAGGUUACAAUGAGAGGCUCUCAGGGGCAUGCUGGAACAGUGCCAAUGUCUAUGCGACAUGACCCUAUGGCCGCUGCCGCUGAAGCGAUUGUGUUAUUAGAAAGUUUAUGUAAACAUCCUCAAGAUUUUCUGUCUUUUGAUGGCCAUUGUAAAAGUUUCUCAAUGAAAUCACUUUCAACUUCACUAGUUUGUACCGUUGGAGAGAUAUCAACUUGGCCAAGUGCAAGCAAUGUCAUUCCAGGCCAGGCAAGAAGUUCAUCUCUUGACACUGCUAAAGUCGCCAGCCUGCUCAAAUGGGGUUUAUUGUCAUUCAAUUGUCAAAAUAUGUAACGAAAAUGAACUUCUUGAUUUCAGCAUGAUGCAGAUGCAGUCAUUUGUGAUUCUGAGUUGAGUUCAAAGCUAAAGUCUGCAACUUAUAUUGGACUGAAGAGAAUGACAGGUGCCGAAAUUCAGGAUGAAGUUCCUGUUUUGAUGAGCGGAGCAGGACAUGAUGCAAUGGCUCUGUCUCAUUUAACUAAGGUGGGAAUGCUUUUCGUGCGCUGUCGAGGAGGCAUAAGUCACUCCCCUGAAGAGCAUGUAUUGGACGAUGAUGUUUGGGCGUCUGGUUUGGCAAUUUUGGCAUUCAUAGAGACUCAGAUGUAAAUUGGAAAAUUUGUUGAGAUUACUGUACAGUAGUAGUAGAACAUCUCAAUAAUGUAGUAUAUGAUGAUAUUUCCCAUUUUGUGUAUAGUUUUUGCCUGCUGUUAAGGGAUCA